UAUCAACUCAGGAGAAUAACCGUUCAUCGGUUGGUGUUGAGAUCGUGUUUGGACCGGAAUCGGGGGUUAGGGGUUUUUUAUGGUUUGAUUUUUUUUGGUCUUAUCAGAAUGCCACAACCUCAAGCCCCCGUAACGUCUCGGAGCUCCGCUUAUCUUAGUGCUCUCACCUCAGAGAUCGAGAAGAAGCUCCAACGGGCGCGAACUUCUCCUUCGCAGAGACCCAAGUUGUUGCAAGAGUUAUUUGCUGACAUUGCCUUAGAGGUUGAUGACCGAGCGAAAGAUAUAAUUCUCACCAGAGAAGAAGAUGUGAUUUCUCCUGCAGAGGAUGGUACUCAUGGUCCGUUAUGCUUUUUUGACGUUCUUGCGGAUUAUUAUGUUCGGCUGCCUGAGAUUGCAAAGCCCAUCCUUGAAUUAAUUGUCCAGCUAUGGAGCCAGUCUUUUGCAUCCCAUAUUUUUACACUUUUGUUCCACAAAUGGUUGUUUGAAGUUCAACUCGACAAUUCUGAAGUCCUCCUCCGCUACUCAUCGGCUCUUGUUCAAGGUGCCACAAAUAUUUUCUGGAUUGACAUCCAAACCAAUACUUGGCGCUUUCAAUCCCUCUUUCGUUAUCUUCUUGAGGAAGUUGCACUGGAGCCCAAACGAUUGAAUAAAAUUCCCGUGCAGGCCCAGAGAGAUCUGUGUCUUUUACUGUCAAGGUUCAUAAUUUUCUACAAUUCAGUUACAGUUGACAAGCUUGAAAGCUUCUUAAAGCAAUUUCCUGUUUUUCCAAAUGCCCUCUUGGUUGGUGGUGCUGCAGACAUCUUUGUUAUUGAACUUACAGAUCAGCUUCAAAAGUUGAAGGUGGAACCAGUACUGCUCCAUUACCUUUCACACAUUGGGGUUCUCCAGGGCUUGGAACUAAGAAUGACCACAAGUACAAGGUUCAAGACUUGUUUAUAUAGCUUCACAUCGCCCGGUGGUCCAAUGUAUACUACAAGAUCUGUUCGUCAUGCUGCCUGGAAUGCACUAGAUUUGCUUUUUCCGGUUGGGCGCUACCCUCGGCAUCUUAUAAGCCUAUUUUUUUCGACUGCUAUAUCCAUGGUAUUGGCCCUCUUCUUGUUGGAACUUUGUGAUCUCUUGCAUAAAGGCGAUACUGUAUUCUCUGUUAAGGAUGAUCUUUUCUAGUUGGGAGAAGGUGAAAAGGCCGAAAGAAUAAUACUUGGGACAGCCAGAGGCAGAGUCUCGUGUAAAGUCAAAAACUUAAGAAUCACUUGAAAGUUUACAAAUGUGUAGCACUUAGCAUAUCAAAUUAGUUUGUGUAUCAUAUGUGCCCGCUUUUGUUUUCCUCAUUAACCUCUCACAUUUUAAUACCUCUCACAUUUUAAUUCAUUGAGGGGUAUUCAACUAUUCAAUCAUACGGAUGUUUCUUUUUGUAUCUUCGUACCCGGAUCCUAUUGAAAGUUCGUAGUGUGUUUUUGGAA